AUGUUCUCUAAGUGUCUCCUCACUCUCUGCCUGAUGGCCACAGCCAACGCUGCGUCAACGGUGCCCACCACCCUCUCCACUGGCACCUCCUCUGUCAUCGCCGACUCUGCUCCUUCCACCACCACAGCGCCUCUCGCCAACAUGCACCUCGCUGUAAUCCCUCUCUCUGCACAAGCGGACCGUGACUCCGACUUGGACGACGCCCCCGAGGACAUGACCCAAAAAAUGGCCAAGGUUCUUGACCUGACCUUGAUCGCCAUGUCCGAGGAGCGCCACAUCAUCGACACCGACAUGAAGCACUUCAACCCCUGGAACUCCAUCGACAGGAUCUGCAGCACGGGCUUCGAUCACGAAGGCGGCAUGACCGCAGAUCAGAAGCCGUUCUACAAGGAGCUCAAGUACCAGCUCCACGAGCUCAAGAGGAUGAAGGAGGAGGCCAAAGGCCCAACGCCGUGCACAACGAUUGUUGUUGAGCUUGAGGGACAAAAGACGACCAACAUUGAGUGUCCGACAAGCACUAUGAGCUGGUAG